AUGGCCCCUGGCGCUGGGCGUCUCAUGCACUGGACACUUCAUCUGGACUUUUUGGAUGUCGGGACGCUGCAGGAUGCGCCCGCCUCAAACGCGCAUCCUCCUGAUGGGUCUUGUCGUGUUGAUGAGAAGGUUUGUGCUAGAGACGAAAGGAAAGGACAGGGAAGGGAGAAGAAAGAGGCUCGAAACUGCGGCGGUCUGCUACUCAAGCAAUUAGAUGGUCUGGUGCUUCUGCGGGUUCCCACUGUGUCCAACCGCCUCCGGGUUAUCAUACUUCUGCCAAGUUCAAUCCUGGGGGGUUUUGAACAGAGAAGUCAGGGGACGAGAGGGGUUGGCAUAAUGCUUGACAGUGGCCAUGUCCAUGUUGGGUUGGAUCAUCGUGAACGUCCAUGGCGAUGGUCACAGUCACAGACACUGUCACUUUUGAGUCCUUCUCUUUGCAUGGGAAGCCUCAUGCCCCUUUGCGCCGGGGCUUGGUUCAUCUUGAUCGGAGCCCUGUUGCCGCAUCCAAUCCACUGCCAAGACACAAGCAAUUGA